GGAAAAUACGUCAAAUAUUUGAUAAGUAAAAAAAUGUUUGAAAUAAAAGCUUACACAAAUGCAUACUUUAUUCCAGAGCUGGAACAAUCAUACAAGUCAAUUUAAGAAGAAUACAAGAGUUAAUGAUGUUUUCUGCAGUUUUUGCACUUCUCUUCACCGUAGGUUUGACGUAUGGAUCACCCAUUGCUAAUCAGUACAUCGAUAGCGUUUUGAAUGUAGCUCUGAGAAAUGAAAUUAGAUCUGCAAGUCUUGAUCCUGCUGUACUAAAUGACUUUCAAACUGAAUUCCAGGACAAAGUUGCAAUAAUUGGAAAAGUAAAAGGCAAGGCAGAAUAUUCCAAAGGUACACUUAGUGGUCUUUCUCAAGCUCGCCGUUUUUCAGAAUGCCAAGGACCUUAUUAUAGCUUUGGUGCUAAAAGUAUCAAUUGCACAAUUACAUUUAAUACUUUGCAUAUAAAUUAUGAAGGGAAACUUAAGUAUGGUAAAGUACCAAAAGUUAACAUCAAAGGAAAGGGUGACGUUACAAACACAGUUAUUUUUAUUGAAGUGACCAGCCAAGGUGGAUAUCCAACCCUGAAAAAUUUUCUUUUCCAACAAAUUGGAUUCAUGAAAGUCACAUUUACUGGAUUAGGUCCACUGAACAAGUUUACAAAGUUUUUAGAAGAUGGCUAUAAAUCUCACGUUGAAGCUCAGGUUUUUAAUUCCGUUAGUCAAAGAUUUCAAUACGCAAUGAGUAGAGCUGUGGCCUCAGUACCAAUGCCAAAUUAAUGUUAUACGAGCAUGAUUAUUUGUUGGAUUCUCAGGUAUACCUUUACGAAUAAAGAUUUAACAUUGUGAAAAACUGUUUUGCUUUAUUGCUCUUGUACAUUGUUUGUAUAGUUUAUUACUUUAACUGUAAUUUUUUUAAGAUGAAAUUAAAAAUUGCUUUUUUGCUGUAAAAA